GUGAGCUCCAGCGCCAGCGCGGCUGCUGCAGCGGGCGGCAUGGCGAACACAGCCUUGGAGAUCAUCGCUUUCGUGGUCUCUAUCUCGGGCUGGUUACUGGUAUCUUCCACGGUGCCCACCGACUACUGGAAGGUAUCCACCAACGACGGCACGGUCAUCACCACCGCCACCUUUUGGGCCAACCUAUGGAAGACGUGCGUUACCGACUCCACGGGCGUCUCCAACUGCAAGGAUUUCCCUUCCAUGCUGGCGCUGGACGGUUACAUCCAGGCAUGUAGAGGACUUAUGAUCGCCGCUGUCAGCCUGGGCUUCUUUGGUUCCAUAAUUGCCCUGUUUGGAAUGAAGUGCACCAAAGUCGGAGGCUCAGAGAAAGCCAAAGCUAAAAUUGCUUGUUUGGCUGGGAUUGUAUUCAUACUGUCAGGGCUGUGCUCAAUGACCGGUUGUUCCCUGUAUGCAAACAAAAUCACAACGGAAUUCUUUGAUCCUCUCUAUAUUGAUCAAAAGUACGAAUUGGGAGCCGCUCUGUUCAUUGGAUGGUCGGGAGCCUCGCUCUGCAUAAUUGGUGGCGUCAUAUUUUGCUUUUCAAUAGCGGACAACAACAAAACACCCAGAAUGGGAUACGCGUACAACGGGCCCACGUCGGUCAUGUCUUCACGGACAAAGUAUCAGGGGGAAGGAGAUGUUAAAACCUCCAACCCUUCGAAACAGUUUGACAAGAACGCUUACGUCUGAGCGAGCGCUGCUGCUGCAGGCUGCCUUGAGUUUGCUACAAAGGCGAACCCGUCCCAGAGUGAUCCCGUCGAGGCCUUCUUAUAAUUAACACUCCAACUAUUUUUAAAGUACGAAUUUGAAGAAUUUGUUGAUUGUAUGGAUGUACAUGUUCUUACAUAGUUAUAUACUAAUCAUUUUCUGUUGGGACUUUCUAUAAAAAAUAAAAAAUAAAGAGGU